AGUCGACGGGCUCGCCGCGAGGAAUCCUCCGUUGCAUAACGGACUGACGGAGCGGGAAGAGAAAGAGAGAGAGGGAGACGAAGAGAAAAAGAGAUUACGCUCGGCGAAGCGCUGAGCGGCCGACUAUCUGUGAUUCACGCGAUAUCGUCAAGUGCUCCCCAGGCGAGACACAAGAGGAUCGGCUCGGGACGACUCGUUAGCCUAACCUGCGAGCGAAGUGCAAAGGCUCCCCGGUGCCCCGCGUGUGCGAUCUUGGUUAUAAGCGUCGCGCGGGAUGGUGCGCGAUCCCGGAGCGCUGAUCUAGCCCGCGGGAUUCGCGUCCAAGGUCCAAGAUAUUAAAGCUGCACAAGUUAGAGAUACCAAAACUGGUCGAUUGACCGCACAUUUGAAUCAUGUUGCAAAGCGUGAAUAAGGAACUGGCCCCCAUAAAGUCACAUUAUUUCCUUUACAAUGCUGCGACGGGACCAAUGGUGCAGUUUUUGCCCACGAUCGGAAAGCAAUUGGGCUUCUCUGCGACGAUAGUCGGCACAAUAUACACAGUACUACCGAUUUCCGGUCUGAUUGCGAAGCCGCUGUUCGGCAGUCUGGCUGACAAAUUCAAAUUGCAUAAAACCUUCUUCUUGAUAUUCGAAGCUAUAUUGACAAUAGCGUUCUUCUCCAUUUAUUUUAUUCCCGACAUGGACAGGAGCGCAAGUGUCGCUCUUAUCUGCGAUAAUGAUGUGGCGUACUUAGAGAUUUGUCCAAAAAUAGAGUUCUCAAAGAAAGCGUUGAGCAACGUAAUAUUAGAAGUUCACUCUAACGCAGCCUGCCAGUUAACUUGCAAAGGAGCACCACACGGUUUCUUAGAACUGUCUGGCAAAAACGUUUCUGUGAACAGCACGUUCGAGUUUGGUGCAGGAUUCGAUGUGUAUCAAGAUUUACUUACGAAAGACUGCGUAGACGUAAGGCUGCGCACGUUUCUCGAUGGCACCGCGCAUGUUCCGGUAUGCGGGGGCCAGCUAAGGACUUCGUGCACGGCAACUUGCCGGAACAACAGUGCGUUUAAUCAUCUUCUGCAGGAGGCUAAGGAUUCGCAAAGCGAUAUCAGCCAUUCUACGUAUCAGUUCCACAUAUUUUUAUGGGCGGCCAUUAUUAGUUGGAUUGGAAUGGCUGUUGUAGUUAGCAUAGCCGAUGCUAUCUGCUUCGAUCUCCUUGGUCAUGAAAGAAGGAACGAUUACGGGAAACAGAAGAUGUGGGGCAGCAUCGGUUUCGGUAUUUUUGGCAUAAGCGCAGGCUACCUGAUAGACCUUUCCAGCAAGGGACAAUACGACAAAGAUUAUACUUGUAUAUUUUAUAUUAUGCUAGUGGCCAUGGUCGCCGACAUUGUGGUAUCUGCAACAUUAAAAAAGAAAAAUCCAGAAUGCUCUGUGGACGAGCCGUCGCUAUUUCGAGAGCUAUUAAGCGUUUUCAAAGAAGGAAGAGUAUUGGUAUUUGCCUGGUGGUGCAUAGGCGCCGGGAUGUGUACAGGAGUCAUUUGGAACUUUCUGUUCUGGUACAGCGAGGACCUGGCAGCCAGCUCUCAUGUCACGUGGAGUAAAACCCUGCAGGGUCUGAUGACCGGUGUUCAAUGUUUCCUUGGAGAAUUACCCUUCAACUUCGUAUCGGGCAGCGUGCUGAAAAAACUCGGCCAUGUUAACGUCAUGAGUCUCGUACUGCUGAUCUAUGCAAUUAGAUUUAUGGCAUACAGCAUUAUAUCGAAUGCCUGGCUGUUUUUAAUUCUUGAAUUGCUUCACGGACCUUCGUUCGGUCUGUGUUGGCCUACGAUGGUAUCCUAUGGUGAUAAAGUGACACCAUCCGGUACGAAAGCCACUAUGCAAGGAUUCAUCGGUGCUGUUUUCGAGGGAAUUGGAGUGGCAAGUGGUAGCUUUAUAUGUGGUUGGUUAAUGGAUUCUUAUGGAGGUGUUACAGCAAUGAGAACUUUUUCAGUGGGUGCUCUUUUAUGGUUAAGCGUCUUCUGGUUGGUGGAACUGUUACUAAGGAAGUUGAAAGCCUACCCGUUAUACCGAGGCCAUAAUCGUGAGUAACGAUUAUGUGGAUAUAUAAAUCUAGCGAAUUAUGCCAAUCCAGAUGACGCUAUUCUUAUGACGAUAAGUCAAGAAUUACAAACUUACUAGUAGAACAAUUUUAUAAUAUAAUUCUAAAAUUUAUCAAUGCAUUCCUCAUUGAUAAAUCAAUGCAAGUUUUAUCGCACGAUUGAAAUUGAACAAAGUUAAUUUUUCACCGCCUUUAGAAAGGUGGAAAGGAAAUGGUUAUUUCUCAUCGUGAUAUUUUGGGAGUUUCCCGGCAAGUGACACAAGUUGACACAAGUGUCGUUCCGUCUUUAUUACUCAUUACCAAAAAAGUAACGACAUUUGUGUCGACUUGUGUCGCUUGCCGGAAAGCUCCCUUUAUCUUUUUAUAAUAUUUGAACGAAAUUCAGUAUUA